ACCACUGCACUCCCUUGUGCUUACAUUUCCGAGCAUCCGAGAACCAGGGAAGAAAGAAACUGAUGUAUGGGGUUGGCAUAGAUAUUGGUGGUCGAAAAAGUCCAUACGGACGCAUUGUCAUAGAAACUAUUAGUUCAAAAAUCCAAAGCACUGAAAUGAAGAUUCACACAACCUUUUGGUCAGAAAUGGGGAAAGUAAUAGAAAUCCCCCCAGUGACCAAGAAUCUAUUUAUCGAUCUUGCUGAAAGAAUUGCAGGAGAACUAUCAGUUAAGAAUUGUUAUGUCUGUGGAGGUACCAAUAUGGGAGAACAAUGGCCCUGGGAGGCCAAAGAGGUAGAACUUAAUAAUAUCUCCCAUGCUUUCAACCUUUCCUGGAAUAAUAUCCACCGCCCCAGUAGAUGGAUCCUGAAAAAUCCCUUAGUUGGUCAUACUUGUUUUAUACGACAGGGAGCUCCUUUUAACAUUUCAGUGGGAGCCCUAGAUUGUGAAGAAGGAUGGUUCUGUAAUGGCACCCAGCCUAAAGCCUAUAUUAAUUUUGCUAAUCCGAAUGUCACCCAAGCCCCACCUUAUGUUAAUAUGAGUCGUUUACAAGUCCUAUGGGACAACCCCUGUAGCACUUCUAAAGAAUGGAGAGCUCCAGACUCCUUAUACUGGAUAUGUGGUCCAGCUACCUGGGCAGCUGAUGGUACAUAUGGUUAUAGAACCCCCAUUUAUAUGCUAAAUCGAAUAAUUAGACUACAAGCGGUUUUAGAAAUCAUAACUAAUGAAACUUCCCUGGCUCUGUCUGUAUUAGCCGAAACCAACACACAACUUCGCACUGCUGUUUACCAGAACCGACUUGCCUUAGAUUUCUUAUUAGCAACUGAAGGAGGAGUUUGUGGAAAGUUUAACCUUUCAAAUUGUUGUUUACAGAUUGAUGACAAUGGUAAAGCUAUUGAACAGAUUACAGAACAUAUGCGUAAUUUAGCCCAUGUCCCAGUCCAAACCUGGACAGGAAUAGAUACUGAAGAUUGGUUCGGAAACAUACUUGGAGAUUGGAAACGUAUAUUGUUCUUAAUAGCUUUAGCCUUUGGUGGUUUGUUACUUCUCCCUUGUUUGAUACCUUUGAUUAAGAAUGUAGCUACCAAAACAGUUAAUGCAAUGUUAGCUCACAAUGAUACUGUUAAACUUUUAUAUUUGGUUACUGCUAAAAGGAACAGGUUGAACACUAAUGCAUAAAUUCUUCCACAGGUUAAAGAAGAAAAGUACUGUUAGUUACUGUAUACUCUCCAGGCAAGGAAUAAAUGCUAUGCCAUGUUAUUGGUCGGUCUCUCUCUCUGUCCCAGAGAAAGGACCGAAAGGGGGGAAUGAA